AUGGCGGCCAUUGCUAGCAGCACGAGGGCGUCACUGCCGCCGCUCAGCCCCGCCACGCAACAACCGCCAUCCAUUGCACCUCGCGCUUCGUUCGCGCGGCUGUUUCGCUCGAAAGGGUCUCAUGAGACGAGAUUAGGACCGUUGCCGCAUAGUACCGCUACACGAAGGUCCACCAUAGUACCUCCCGUCUCCGCGGUCGCAGAAUCAAGGAAUCCGGCACGAAGCUUCUCUUGUUCUCCCUCCACCUCUCCUCCCCAGAUCAAUGAUUCGCUACAUUCCGAUAAUGCCACAUCCCUGCUCGUUAUUCCCACCCUCGCUACAGUCACAACCUUGAGUGCUCUUAUCGCCCCGUCAGCCGUUGCUGCGGUUACCGGUGCUGACGUCAGCUCGGUAGCAGAAGCAGCAGCAGCAGCAGGCGCCGCGGUUGGUACAGCUGGCGAUGGCGCAUUGGCGAGUUUGAGUCAGCUGUUCCUCCUUGGCGCGCUCUCAUUGGCCGACGAGCCCUCCAACGCGCUGUCGCUGCCCACGUGGAUCAUCCACGUGGCAAGCGUUGUGGAAUGGGUGGUGGCGAUGGCACUGGUGUGGCAGUACGGGGCAGCGGAGAGCAGGAGGGCGUGGAGGGGGCUGGCGUGGGCCAUGGUGCCUCUGCUCAUGGGGGCCAUGUGCGCAUGCACGUGGCACUUCUUUUACAACUCACCGCAGCUAGAGGGUCUCGUCGUGCUGCAGUCCUUCAUGACCCUCCUUGGAAACUGCACCGUCUGCUUUGCUGCCUUCCGCAUUUACAAGGCAUCCACCAAGACUGCUCCUUAG